AUGCCUCCGACCACAGGCACGAGAACGUCUACAAGGCAGGGGCGGGCUACGGUCCGACCUACCAACUACUAUGCGCGCACCUUCGCCGGCCGACUCGCUGCGAGCGGCAUGGAGCAGACGCCCGAAGCUUCCAACAGCGCGCCCGGCUUCCUGCCUGCCCUCACACACUUUACUGGCGCCGUAGAUGCAUUCCCAAAGGAGGUCAUCAAGCAUUUCUCCAUGUUCAAGGAAGUCGAGGCCAAACUCCACGACCCGGAGCAGAUGCUCAAGGAGCUGCUUGACGAGAUCGCCCAGCAACCCGUCACCACCAAGGCCCAGCUGGCUGCUAUAGAACAGGCCUCAGUAGCGUCCGAAAACAACGCCAGUCUCAAUCCUUCUAACCCCGACAACCUCUCUCCCGAAGAGCACGUAGCGAUACGGAAGCGCCAGCUCUUCUUCCGCCUCCGCAUGCUCAUCGCGAACAUGCUCCCCACACUCGAUGAGAAGCUCGUAGUGCUUCAGGGCGCGAGAGCUACCAAGGACAAGGGCCUCACGCGCAUGCACCACUCCUUCGCCCAGCUCGACGGCGAGAUUAGCGACGAAGCGCGAUACGGCAGCCUCACACACUGGGCAUAUGCGGACAAGGAGGAGAAGAAAAAGGGUGGGCAGUCCCAUGAGCGGCAGAGGCGCGAGGUGGCUGCGGCGAAUAAUCUGGCUGCGGCGGCUCAGCAUGUGCACGACGUCGACUCAAUUGCUGCGAAGAGCGAAGCUAGACGUGAGGCCGUGCAGGCGAAUAAGCGCAGUCGACACCACCAAAUCGACUCCGACUUCGACGAUAGACCAGCCAAGAGGCCGCAGAAGAAGAAGCACAUGCCUACAGAGACAGCGGCGCUAGACAACAGAAACCUCGGUUUGGGCAUCUCGAGCAAUGGCACCGGUCCUCAUGGAAAGCGGAAGAAGACCGAAAAGACCCUCGCCGCAGCGGCACCCGCAGCCCCGCCCAUGGAGCGAUCACUGAGCAGUGCUCUGAAAGCUACUAGCAAUGGAGUACGGGGUGGCUCAAGUCCGCGGGGAACACCAGGUCCAGAGAACGGCGCAGUCAAACGCAAACCUCGCGCCGCUCCCGUGCCUGCGCAACGCAAGAACCCGCUUCCGCUACACUCGCCCCCCAUGGCCUCGUCACCCCUUGCCGCCAAUUUCGCCAUCAACAAAGCAAUUGCCGGCGCAUCAGAACGAACACUGUCCGCGCGUGCACGGAAGAACUCCACAGCCAACUCAGUGGCGUCAGUCAAAGAACAAGAGGCCCCAGCUGCCCGUCGCCCCUCGUCUUCCCAUUCUGUACAACAAGCCGCUAGUAGUAAUGCGAUCACGGAGCUUGAGCAGGCUGCUGGCAUCAUGCGGGAUAACAUCUCGGCGAAGCGCGCAUCAACUCCAAAGGAGAGUACAGAGGUCCCGCCGCCGUUUGAUACAUCGAACAUGAAGGUGGAAGACUUGGGACAGCCUGAGCCAGAGACUAUGGAGAUUGACGCUCCUGCACCGAUACCAGCCGCAGUAAGAUCCGGUCGGACUUCAAAGAAUGCGACACCAGUUGUCGGUGCGUUCCCAGAAAUACCCAUGGCGAGAAGUCGCAGCAGCCGCAAUACGAACAAUGGCAACUCAAAUUCAAACACUUCAUCAGAGAACAACAGCACGACGGGCACUGGAUCGAAACGAGGCCAGAAGAAGAACACACAAUCUACUACUUCCACUGCUUCUCCAGCCAUGAAGCCCACCCCGAACGCAAAAUCGAACCCUCCUUCCUCCGCUGGGAGCUCCGUCGCACAAGAACAAGAAUACCAAGAGGUUGAGGUUGAAGCUGAGCCGGAAGCGGAAUCAGAAGAGGACGGCGACGAGCCGCGAUACUGCUAUUGCAACGAGGUUUCCUACGGUAAUAUGAUCGCCUGCGACAACGAUGACUGUCCCCGCGAGUGGUUCCACCUUGGCUGCGUGCAUCUCGACAAACCGCCCACUGGCAGAACGAAAUGGUUCUGCAGUGACGAUUGCAAGGAGGCAUACACCAAAACCAAGGCAAAGGGGGGUCGUCCAGGCAGUAGUAGACAAUAG